AUGGGGUACAGUGAUCUCGAUUGGAAAGCCAUCAACACCAUCCGGCUCCUCGCCGUCGAUGCCACUCUCAAAGCCAACAGCGGCCACCCUGGCGCGCCCAUGGGUAUGGCUCCUGUGGCUCAUGUCCUCUUCAACAAAUUCAUGACCUUCAACCCCAAGAACCCCGAGUACAUCAACCGAGAUCGAUUCGUUCUAUCGAACGGACAUGGUUGCAUGCUCCACUAUGCUCUCCUUCACUUGUUCGGCUACGCGGUCUCCAUGGAUGACCUGAAACACUUCCGACAAGUCGACAGCAUAACCCCGGGCCACCCCGAAGCUCAUGAUACUCCAGGUAUUGAAGUUACCACUGGUCCUUUGGGCCAGGGAUUCAGCAACGCAGUUGGUCUGGCCAUUGCCCAGGCACACACGGCAGCUGUCUUCAACAAGCCUGGCUAUGAACUCGUCAACAACUAUACUUACACUUUCUUUGGCGAUGGCUGUGCUAUGGAAGGCGUUGCGAGUGAAGCGGCAUCAACCGCUGGACAUUUGCAGCUCGGUAACUUGAUCGCCAUCUACGACGAUAACCAUAUCUCCAUCGAUGGUGACACCAAGUGCGCAUUCACCGAGGAUGUUGAGAAGCGAUUCGAAGCCUACGGUUGGCAUGUCCAGCACGUCAAAGACGGCGAUCACGACCUAGAGGGCAUUGAAGCUGCCAUUGCAAAGGCGAAAGAAGUCAAGGACAAGCCUUCCAUGAUCAAAUUGACGACCACGAUCGGUUUCGGCUCGAAGCUGCAAGGCACCGGUGGAGUGCACGGAAACCCGCUCAAAGCCGACGAUGCUGCGCAAGUCAAGCAGAAAUUUGGCUUCAAUCCCGAAGAAUCCUUCGUCGUGCCCCAGGAGGUCUAUGAUAUGUAUCACAAGCACGCUGCCGAGGGUGCUGCCGCCGAGCAAGCCUGGAAUGAUCUCUUCAAGAAGUACUCGAGCGAGUUCCCGGAGCUGGCCAAGGACUUCAGCCGUCGUCUGACGAGGGCGCUGCCCGAUGGGUGGGAGAAGAGCUUGCCGAUCUGGAAGCCGACUGACUCCGCAGUUGCGACGAGGAAGACAUCCGAGAAGGUCCUGGAGAGCAUUCACGAAGCGGUUCCUGAGCUGCUGUCGGGCUCUGCAGAUCUGACUGGCAGCAACAACACCCGAUGGAAGAACGCCGUUGACUUCCAGCCUCCAAGUCUCGGUAUCGGCGAUUGGUCUGGUCGCUACCUGCGAUACGGAGUGCGUGAGCAUGCUAUGGCUGCUAUCAUGAACGGAAUCUCUGCUUAUGGCACGCUCAUCCCAGCGGGUGGUACAUUCUUGAACUUCAUGUCAUACGCUGCCGGCGCUGUCCGCCUGUCGUCACUAUCUCAUCAGCGAGUCAUCUACGUCGCUACCCAUGACUCCAUCGGCUUGGGUGAAGAUGGUCCUACCCAUCAACCGAUUGAGACGUUGGUGCACUUCCGAGCUCUUCCCAAUAUGAUGGUCUGGAGACCUGCCGAUGGCAACGAGACCUCAGCAGCGUAUUACAUGGCACUUACUUCCAAAUCCACGCCCUCAAUUCUCGCAUUGACACGACAGAAUCUGCCUCAGUUGGAGAACUCGACACUCGAGAAUGCCAUCAAGGGCGGUUAUGUUGCAAUCGAAGCCCAGAAUGCCGACAUCACCCUUGUUUCCACUGGCUCGGAGGUCGGCAUCUGUGUGGACACGGUCAAAGUCUUGAAGGAUCAGCACGGUCUGACCGCACGUGUCGUCUCAAUGCCUUGCACAGAAGUCUUUGAUGCCCAGCCCAAGGAUUACCAGCUCAAGGUCAUUCCUGAUGGCAUCCCCGCCUUGUCAGUCGAGGUCAUGUCCACUCUCGGAUGGGAGAAAUACUCACACGAGCAAUUCGGUCUGAACCGCUUUGGUGCUUCUGGCCCCUACAAGGAUCAGAAAUUUGAAUUCACCCCUGAAGGCAUUGCCAAGCGUGCUGUUGCGACUGUCGACUUCUACAAGGGCAUCAAGCCUCGGUCGCCAGUCAAUCGUGCCUUUCAGCAACUCAUCUAA